AGAAUAAACAAACUAAGAACUAAGGAAUCCGUUAUACCGGUAGCUUCAUUUUGGGCUGGUAUCACUAAUGUUGUGAGACAGCUGUAUAGUUUGAAACCAAAAAUGAAAACUUUUGCACUUUCACUCAUCGCUUGGUUCUUACCGCUUACAUUUGUACCACUGAUAGGUGCUACAGGACAGCACGACAUAUCCGAAGGCAAGCUUCUUGUUGUAACUGUUGCAACCCAAGAGACUGAUGGCUUUAGGCGUUUCAUGAGGUCUGCUCUGCACUUUAACUACACUGUAAAGGUGAUUGGCAGGGACGAAAAAUGGAAAGGUGGGGACUACAUGUCGGCACCAGGAGGGGGCCAAAAAGUACGGCUCCUAAAAACCGCUCUGCAGGAAAUGACCGAGGAGGAUAAGAUAAUUCUCUUUAUUGACAGCUAUGAUGUGGUCUUUGCCUCUGGUCCCAAAGAGCUGCUGAAAAAAUUCCAGCAGACGAAACACCAGGUGGUCUUCUCCUCUGAAACCCUCAUCUGGCCUGACAGACAUUUGGAAGAUAAGCAUCCCCAUGUUAGAGAAGGCAAGAGGUUCCUGGGAUCGGGAGGUUUCAUUGGCUAUGUUGCCAACCUCAAAGAGAUGGUUGCUGACUGGUCAGGAGAAGACAAUGAUAGUGAUCAACUUUUCUUUACCAAGAUUUACAUCAACGCUGAGAAAAGAAAAUCCAUAAAUAUAACACUGGACCAUAAAUGCAGAUUGUUUCAGAAUCUUCAUGGAUCCCUAGAUGAGGUGGUGCUGAAGUUUGAGGAUGGGCAUGUGCGGGCCAGAAAUGUGCUCUAUGAUACACUACCAGUGAUUGUUCAUGGAAACGGGCCCACCAAGCUCCAGAUCAAUUAUCUUGGCAACUAUAUCCCCAAAGUGUGGACAUUUGAGGAUGGAUGCACAGUGUGUCAUAAGGAUCUAAGGCCACUCUCUGCACUCAAGGAGAGUGAGUAUCCACUUGUUGUCAUUGGGAUCUACAUUCAGCAGCCCACUCCCUUUGUCACUGUCUUCUUUGAGCGCCUGCUCAAACUCAAGUAUCCCAUGGACAGACUCAAACUAUUUAUCUACAACCAGGAGCCACAUCAUGAGAAGCAUGUACGUUCUUUUAUGGAGGAUCAUGGGACACGCUAUCAGAAUGUGAAGAUCAUUGGUCCUGAGGAGAACAUAGACCACGUGACCUCUCGAAACCUUGGGCUUGACUUUUGCCGUCAGGACAAGGACUGUGAAUAUUACUUCAGCAUAGACAUUGAAGUGGUUCUUAAGAACGAGGAUGUUCUCAGAAUUCUCAUUGAGCAAAAUCAACCCAUCAUUGCACCAAUGAUAACCAGACCAGCCCGACUGUGGAGCAAUUUCUGGGGUGCGCUCAGUGCGGACGGCUACUACGCGAGAUCCGAGGACUAUGUGGACAUUGUGCAAGGACGCAGGGUAGGUGUUUGGAACGUCCCCUACCUGUCCCGUGUGUACCUGGUAAAGGCCAGCCUCCUUCAGACGGAACUCUCCGCUAAGGACCUCUUCAGCUCAGACUCCAUGGAUUCUGACAUGGCUUUCUGUCACAACGUCAGAAACAAGGGUGUCUUCAUGUAUGUCACAAACAUGCACAACUUUGGGCGUAUCCUUUCAACAGAGAACUACCAGACCAACCAUCUACAUAAUGACCUCUGGCAGAUAUAUGAAAACCUAGUGGAUUGGGAGGAGAGAUACAUUCAUGAGAAUUACUCCCGAAUAAUGAAAGACAAACUGAUUGAAACUCCCUGCCCUGAUGUGUACUGGUUCCCUAUCUUCUCUGAUAUUGGUUGUAACCACAUUGUCGAAGAAAUGGAAAACUUCGGACAGUGGUCAGGAGGCAGGAAUGAUGACAAAAGGAUCCAGGGGGGCUAUGAAAAUGUCCCCACCAUUGAUAUCCACAUGAACCAAGUGGGCUAUGAGAAAGAGUGGCAGAAAAUACUAUUGGAUUACAUUGCACCAAUUACAGAGAAAAUGUAUCCUGGAUACUACACCAAGUGCACUUCAUAUCUCAACUUUGUGGUGAGGUACAAACCAGACGAGCAGCCACUGCUCACACCUCACCAUGAUGCAUCCACUUUUACAAUUAAUGUAGCUCUCAACAGCAAAGACACUGAUUAUCAGGCUCAUUUUGAGUUGGCCUUUGUAGUUAGAUAUAAGCCAGACGAGCAGCCCCUUUUAAGGCCACACCAUGAUGCGUCCACAUUCACUGUAAACAUUGCACUCAAUCAAGUGGGACUUGAUUACCAGGGUGGUGGAUGCAGGUUCAUUCGCUAUAAUUGCUCUGUUGAGGCCCCUCGAAAAGGCUGGGCCCUCAUGCACCCCGGACGCCUCACCCACUAUCAUGAAGGCCUUAGGACCACUGGGGGCGUCAGAUACAUUGCAGUGUCAUUUGUUGACCCUUGAGUACCUAUUCAGAUUUACUUUAGAGUUGGUGAGGUUGUCUUUAGAUGCUCGCCUAGAGACAGUUGAGUAUGUUUUUUUUAUCAGUGGUCAAUGAGGUUUAUCACUUGGACAUUGGUCUUGGAUGCAGUCCUUAGACCGUUUUUACCUGCCAGUAUGAGUCUCUUCAUGGGUUUGCCAAAAGGUCAUUUUAUGUAUGUUGCUGAGCUUAGACUCAUUCAGGAAAACUCCAGAAGCCAAUUCUUAUGUUUGUAUUGUUGAAGUCUAUUUUUAAUAUGUGCAUUUCAUUUAGCAUUUUAUUUGAAUAACAAUUUGUGAUGCUAGAAACUGGGCAAUGUUCACAGGCAUGAGAUACUUUUUAUUGGAUAAUAUGAAAUGUUCGGUAUUUCAACUUGCAUUGCAAACACUCCUAAUGUAUUGGUCACUAAUGAGGGUGCUGAAGUCAUCUCUGCAAUGAACAGUUCCAAUCAUCUAUCCUAUUUAUUUGUAUGUGUUAAACAGUUUGUGAAAGUAUGCCAAAGACUUUUGAAUGUGCAAUAUCUGGCCACUUACAAGCACAUUCUCCAUCUCCUCUUAAGGGUUCAUGUUGCGAGCAGAACAUGUUCCUUUUAAUAGUAGCAAUAGUCUUUUGUGAUCAUUUCAAGUGAUAUUUGCAGUUGUGCACCCAAUGUUAGAAUAGGGAUUGUUGUGAAAAUGUGUAUAUGUUGUCCAUUUGACAAUUAAACACAACCAAACUGUAAUCUGUGAAAAUAUUAU